UGUGUCAAAUUAACUAAUAAUGUCUAAAAUAAGCAGAAUAAAAUCUUUCUUUCACCCCAUCUUCGUUUCUAAACCUUCACAUUCAACAAAAUCUUGAAGAGAGAGGAAGAUGGAUUCGGGACUAUCUUGGGCUGAUCAAUGGGAUUACAACUCUGAUCCUCCUCCAAAUUCAUCUAAAGACGACGAUAAGAAGAAGAAAAAGAAGGAAGACGCAAGCAAAAGCAGUUUGGGAAAGGCCUUCAAAUGGGUGAAAGAACUUCGCAAGAAAUCUGAUAAGUAAUCAUAUAUAGGGUUUAUUGUUCUAGUUCUUUUGUUUCGUGUGAUUAAUCCAUUAAGCGUUAUUUUCUCUUUUACCCAUUCUUCUAAUUGCAAUUGCCAAAUCUUUUAAAAAAUUUAAAAGUUAUGUUGG